AUGUCGUCGUCGUCCGCGGCGGCGCUCUCGUCCGCGGCGGCGACGUCGACGACGCCGCCGCGUCGUCGUCGUCGUCCUCUCCACCGCUGCCAUCGCCGCGAGCGCGCUGUCGCCGCGUCGUCGUCGUCCUCCUCCUCCUCCGCGUCGGAGCGUCUGUCCGCGCUCCUCCCGUCGCGCCGCGACCUCGCGGACGCGUCGCGCAGCGCGGAGAUCUCUCGAUGCGUGCGCGAUAUGGAGGACGCCUUCGCCGCCGCAGCGACCGCGACGUCGUCGCCGACGUCGUCGCCGCGCCUGUGCGGGCGGUGGAAGCUGCGAUGGACGACGAGCGCGGGGACGCUCGGAUCCAUCGCCACGUGGCAGACAAUCGCGGGCGCGGUCACGGACGUGACGCAGAUCGUCGAGCGCGCGGCGCCGGCGCGGGAAGAAGAAGGGGGGGGGAGCGUCGCGCCGAUUGGGAUACGAAACGUCGUGACGGUGACGAUCCCGGGCGGCGGCGGCGGCGGCGGGACGGCGGCGGCGGCGACGGCGGUGCGAAUAACGCAGACGUUCGAUUCCGCGGUGAUGUCGCGGAGCCGACUGCGCACGAAGCUCAUAGACAGCGUCGUGGACGUCGUGCGAGGCGGCGAAGUCGGCGAAGUCGGCGGCGGGGGCGGGGUCGGGGGGGGGGUGCUCGGCGGGGCGAUACAGCUGGCGGCGGCGGCGGCGGCGGCGUUGGGAGUCGGAGGAGGCGGAGGCUCCUCGGCCGCCGCCGCCUCGGUGGUCGCGAGCGCGACCCAGCCCGGCGCGGGGUUCCAGCCGCCGAAGACGCAGAUCGUGACCUACGUGGACGAUACCUGGCGCUUCGUCAGGGACGACGCUUCCGUGUCCGUGUACGCCCCGCGAAGAAGAAGAGGGUGGUCGCGAGUGAUUAGUCGCGAGCGAUGAAAAACUUCCGGGGUAAUAUCAUACUUUCGUCGGCGCGGUG